CCGCAUGGUCAUCCAUUUGUCGCCCAGCGGCGCUCAGCGUUGCUCGGGCUCGAAGACAGAUCUACGAACCAGAGAUACUCACCCGAUGGAUGUGGCAUCCAGGAGCGCUCUUCUCGUCGUAGAUGCAAAACACGCUAAAACGCCAACAGUACCGGAAUGAUCACUUGAUUGAACUUGAUUCCUGCGGACCCUCUGCACCGUACAGGUACCGUAUGCGCAACGUCUGGUCAGGACUGUCAGGCUUCAUUCAAGUGGGGCUACGCCCAUCUGCUCUUUGUGGACCUUCUUCCGUCGUUUCCGAGUCCAAGCAAGGCAAUCAUGCGCGGAGGCGCUUGGGAAGGGCGCUGAAGGGGGUGAUGUUUCAACGCACUCUUAUCUAAGCACAUGCCCUGCCCUCGAACAGCAACAUCACCGAUCGCCCACCCUGGUUAUUGCGCUCACUACCAGCGGCACCGCCCGCUAGCGCCCAAGCGCUCAUUCGCCUCUUCUCCUCCUCCCCCUCCAUCCCCCCUCUACCACACUUACACCUGCGGGCCGAUGCUCCGUCACUCGUUUCUAGCCUGGCUCGCUGUGGCGUCCUGCGCGCACGCCGCGGUCCGGAAUGUGACCGUCGACGACAGCGGGAAGGACGAGCUCACCGGAAACGAGAUCACGUAUUACCCGACCGGCGCCUGGAACGACGCGAGCGACUGCGACGGGUGCACCGCCCACCCGGCGGAGACGAAUCUGGUUGGCGGGACCUGGCAUGAUAGCACGUUCAACAAGCAGCCAGGAAGUAAUGACUUCCCUAAUGAGCCGCUUUACGCGUCGUUCCAGUUCACGGGGACGGCGGUAUACGUGUUCUGCGUGCUCGCCAGGUCAUCAAGUUCGCCGACAGGUAAUUCGGACAUGACCUUCUGGAUCGACGACAACAUCGCCGGCACCUUCGCCAAGAUUGCGCCAGGGGAGGCGGGGUACGACUACAACAUGUCCGUAUUCUCGCACGACUCGCUCGAAAAUGGACGGCACAACCUGACCAUUCAGAAUGGGCACGUCGACGGGGUCAAGUCGCUCAUUCUGCUAGACUACAUCGUGUAUACGUACGACGAUGACACUAGCAGUGGCAGCAGCAAUUCCACCAGUUCCGACGGCGACACCGCCAACCAGUCGGCAUCCUCGGACUCGACGUCAACCGAUCACACAACUGUCAUCGUCGCCGUCGUCGUGCCCGUCGUUUGCGUGCUCGCACUGAUCGGGGUCGGCGUGUUCUUCUGGCGCAAGCGGAAGCAGGAGGCGGACAAGCCCCCCAUGCGCUUGGCGAGCCCGGAACCGUUCACCGACCCUGCUUGGGCGGGCAACGCGCCGGCGUCGCAGGCACAGUACGCACAGCCAUCGCCAGGGCAGCAGUACCCCACGCAGGCAGGCUACACGCCUCAAGGGCAAGCGCAAGCGCCCUAUGGCGCGUACGCGAACCAGUACUCCCCGACCGAUGCCGCAUCGUCGUACUAUCCACCUGCGGUGGUGGGCGGUGUCAUGACCUACCCGCCGAGCUCGAGCUCGCAUCCCUCGCAAGCGCAUCCGCCUCAGUCCGAGGCUGACUCCGCUUGGUCCGCGUCUGGACUAUACAGAAACCCAUCACAAGCGGCGCUAUCGCAGGCAGGCUCCCAAGCUAUGUCCUCGGGUUCCGGCUCCGCGUCAGGCUCUGCGACGCAGGCGUACGGCUCGCAGGUCGGAUAUCUGCCACAUCAUGGGAAGCAGAUCGAGGUAGGAUCAGCGGUGUCGGGCACGGACUCAAUGACGCAUCGGACGCAGCCGUCAACAGAAGCAAUGGGCGCUAGCGGGUCUGCCGGUCCAGUGCAUCAAUCGCACGAACAGGCUGCCGAACACGCUGACCUUGAUGCCCCUCCACCGGCAUACGAGGACGAUGCGUCAGGAUCAACAUCGGCAGCUGCGAUUCAGGCGCGACGGAAUGCGGAUAGGAAGAGGUAAAUGGCAAGCCAUCGUUCCCGUGUCGCUUCGCUUGAUUUUCUUCUUGAUGUGUCUUGCUGUCUCGUGUUGCUCCCUAUAUUAAGCUUACGCACCUUCUUUAAAAUAUAUAUCGUCACGGCUUUCUGUGUAUACUCAUUUUACGACCGACCUGCGCUUUUUUGCAAAGAUUACCCUUCUUUAUCCCCUGGCGCGGCGUCGCGCUGCUGUGUCAAAUCUGCUAUGUUGACUCAGCGCGACGUCGUAUACCUUGGGCUCUGGGCCGCGGUCUUUUCACUUCUGUGCUAAUAUGUGCCGGACGCUUUCUGUCGUUUAUCAACUUCUCUCGCUGUGUUGGGUUAUAUUGAAGCUGGCACUUGGGUCAUGUA